AUGAAAAAUGAUAAAAUAAAGUUAGUAAGUUUUGAAGGGGAUGAAUUUAUUGUAGAUAAAUAUACUGCUUCGAUGUCCACUGUAAUAAUGAAUAUAUUAGAAGUUAUGACUGAAGAAGAAGAUACAAUUCCUCUUCCUAAUAUAAAAACUCAGAUUUUAAAAAAAAUUAUUGAAUACAUGGAAUAUCAUAUACAAAAUCCAGCAGACGAAAUACCAAAGCCAUUAAGUACAUCAAACUUACAAGAUGUUGUAUCUAGUUGGGAUUACGAUUUUGUUAAUACUGACAAGGAAACUUUAUACGAACUUAUUGAAGCAUCUAAUUAUUUAGAUAUAAAGCCACUUUUAGAUUUAACUUGUGGUAAAAUUGCUUCUAUGAUGAAAGAUAAAACAACUGAAGAGAUCAGAGCAGAAUUUGAUAUAGUUAAUGAUUUUACAAGAGAAGAAGAAAAACAAAUAAGGGAAGAAAACAGAUGGUGUGGUGAUAUAUAA